AGAUAUCAUAAAACUUUUUGUGGAAGUUUUGUACUCUUUGACAACAAACUCAAUACUUAGUCUUCUCUUUUGAAAUGGUCCCUAAGCAUGUAAAUGAUAAUUGCUGUCAGAAUUAAAGUUCAUCUUCGCAAAAGUGGGCUCUUCCUAGGCGUCACUUCUUUCACCUUGAGGUAAAACUAACCAUUUAUAAGGAGGCAAAAGGUGGAGGAGCUAAGAAUUUAUUUGCGAGAUAGCAAGAGACAACAGCCCGGAUCUCAACAGUUGCUUCACAACUUGAAGAAGAGUCAAAGCUAAGAAAAGAUCACGAUGUCUAAGCUGGUUCUGAGCUUGUCUAUCAUUGGGCUGAUUCUGAUGCAGGUGGUUUUGUACACAUCUGCUCAGAUGUACCACUACAGCAAAGGAUGGGGACCUUCAUCCUCUGGUAAAAGGAACUCCCCAGAAAAUCUCUGUCAAGUCAGGCCUUUUAUUAGAAAACUUGUCCAUGAUGUGAUUCAGGGUGAGUUUGAAAGGCUAAAGACGGUGUGUGCCCAUGGCCAGUGGCUAGGAGGUGCUGGAACAACCCAGAGUUUAUGGGAACAGAUAGAGCGCAGACUUCCCCAAGAUGAACCUAGUUUGGAAUGAAGAUAUUUUGCAUUGUUUGUGAUUUCAAGCAAAAGUCAAGACAUGCAAGCAGGAAAAUUACAAUGAACUUUUACUGUCCUCAGGUAGUAAGACUGCACUACCUUGUUAAAGGCACAAGGGCAUUAAAAACUGGAAUGGAUAACCAUUGUAUUUCUGUUGUAAAAUGGAUUUUUUUCCAAAAGAUCAUUCAUUUCUAUUUCCUUUAUACCUGACUUGUGUAUUAGUUCACAAAAUUAUAAGGUGUUCAAUUCAGAUGUGAAAAAUAAAAAAAAAAUGUAAGAUCUCUAAAAUGUGUUUUUAAAGCAUUGUUUCAUUUUCUUGGGAUAAUAAUCGGAAGACAUUACCGCAAUGACGCAGGAGAAAAUUAGAAACAAUAUAAUCUUCAAUGCAUUUUGUAUUAUUAUAAUCAUUAAAGAAAUUUCCAUUCUCAGUUUUCAAGUGCCUACCACAUCUCAAAUAAUUGCAUGGGAUUGUGGUCUACCUAAAACACAUAAUCAAUGCAGUAAUGAUGGGAUAGCAAAUAUCAUUCAUAAUCUAUUCAAAUGGUUUCUUUUAUAAAAUAUUUAACUGCACUGCUCCUUUCCUCAAGAGUUAUAACAAUAUGGUGAAUUUAGUAUUAAGAUUAACUCUUCCUUAUUAAAAAUUCAAUAGAUACACUUUCAAUCUUUGAUAUUAUGUACUGUUAUUAUAACAUAAAACAGAACUUCAAAUAUGUGUCUAAUCACAAAGAAUCAGUUAAUGUGCAC